AUGGCGUCAGAGAGAUUUUGUGGGUGCAACGUGGUGACUGCUGCUGGUAUCGCUGUAUCACUUCAGUUGAUCAUCGAUUUGUUGUGUCUGGCCUCAGGCGGUAUCAUUCUUGAUCGUUACCGUACCUGGGAAUCAUAUUACACCCAACCAACGCCCAACGCAACCGAACAAGCUGAAUACACUGCUGCGGGAAAAACGCUCACUGUUCAGCCGAAUAGAUGGGCGAUGGCAUGGGUCGAAUUGGGAAUGGCUUGGUACGUGGCUUUUUGCACGUUUUGGCUGUUCUCUCUUUUGGUGAUUUGUCUCUCAUUCAAAUACUACCGUCCUGUUUUCGUCAUUCCCAAUUUCAUGGCGCUUCUCGUCGGCAUUUUCAUGCAUCUUUUCGCUUUUGCUGUUCUGCUGGCUCGAAUUCUGAAAGUGAGCAAAAACUAUCAAACGGCUUCCUAUCAAGCGGUUGUGAUCAUCUACGUAUUGGGCCUUGUCCUGUUCACGUUUUUCGUGAACAUUCUCUUUAUUCUUUUCAUCGCUAAAUAUCACUCGUUCCUUCGAUCUCGUUACGGACAUCAAGUGCCAAAGUUUGUCCAAUCUCGGCCACCAAGAACCUCCUAUCCAGAAGAUAAUAACUAU